GGUCACCUUGCUGACUGUUCUCUCCUCAAUGAGCAUUACCUGGCUGUGCCCUUUUGAGAAGUUGUAAAUUACUGCAAAUAAGCAAGCUUUGUGGAAACAAUUCUGUUGAAAAGAAUUAUUCAGUUGUUACUGUUCACUUUUGUGAAGAAAAAUGGAAGCGAGGAACGAAAAGGUGUUGGAUAAAGGUGGAAGUAUUUUAGGCAAUCUAAAGAGGAAGCGAAAUUCUGCUGCAUAUUUAACUAAUUCUGGCCAUGCUUUGGUAUCAUAUCUGCCUGUCACAGAUCAAUCCUGUGGCAGGUGCUGUAAUGUGAGCGAGCGUAAAUCUGUCUUCAGCCAUCGUUCAGCGGCACAUGUUCUUAAAAACUACAACAACUUUAUGAGGAGUGGGUUGCCACAGCGAGUGCUGUCUUAUCAGGAUGGUGAAUGGCAAGAUUUUCCUGAGAAUAUCAUCAGUUCAAUUCGUGAAGCUUUCCGGUUAAAGAAGGCAAUAACUGAAGCAGUAUUUCAGGACCAGCAAUUAUUGUUUGACUUUGUGCAUAUGGUUUGUGUAGACUUGAAAACAGGCCUGCAGAAGCCUCUUGCUUGGAUUGAUGAACAUGGUAAAUGCUUUUUUCCAGAAUUGCAUCCUGAAUUUUAUGCAUCAAAUGGAUGCCAUCAUUCUGGCAAAGGGAAACAUGUCCAUAUGAGUUGUGAACAAAAUGGGGGACAUGGACCAAAUGCGUGUAUUGAGAUUUCUGUGAGUGCAGCUGAAAGCUCAAAUUCAGGACCCGAUGAUGAGGUAAUGUCUAACAUCAAAAGGCUUAAGAGUGAAAGGAAUUUUGCCAGCAACCAGAAUAUGUAUCCUGAGGUCAAUGAAACAGUUGCAGAAAAUGAGCUGUGUUCUUUUGUCCCUCAAAAGGUCUCUGGUCUUGAAACUAAUCAGGGAAAGUUGGUUAAACCUGUUGGUGCUCCUCGUGUCAAUAAUGCUGUACAACAUAUGCUACUUCAGGGUUUGGGUCCCUUCAUUGAUGCACAGGAUAUUGUUGGUAUCUUUAGAGCCCCUUUGAAAGAUAAUUCGGGGCAGAUCCGCUUUAAUCUUUUCCAAAAGCAGGUUGAGAUAACUAAGAACUUCCGUGGCAAUGCAAAUGUCCGUUAUGCCUGGCUGGCUUCUUCCAGGGAUUGCGUAGAGGAUAUGAUGUUGCAGGGUGUUGCGAAGAUAAAGAAGCCUGUGCAUGGACCUGUGUAUGGUAUUGGCACUCAUCUUGCACCAGCUAAUUGCUCCAAUAUCUGUGCUAGUUAUUCUGAUGUCGACGAAAAUGGUGUUGUUCAUAUGAUACUAUGCCGUGUAAUAAUGGGAAAUGUGGAAGUCAUUCACCCUGGAUCAAAACAGUUUCAGCCCAGUAAUGAAAAUUUUGAUAGUGGCGUGGACAAUCUUCAAAAGCCAAAACAUUAUGUGAUAUGGGAUAUGCAUGUGAAUACUCACAUCUAUCCAGAAUAUAUCGUGACUUUUAAAAUGCCAUCCAGAGCCAGAGAACGUUUGGUUGGUAAAGAAAGUGUAUCCAACACAUCUGCAGUCACAAAUCCUAGUUCAUCUCAUAGCCUAUUACAGGAUAGGAAUCCUCAGCCACCUCCAGCUUUGGCAGAUCAAUCUCAAGUGCCAGUCUUUGGUAGAGCUCCAAAAACUCCCACAUCACCCUGGAUGCCUUUUUCAAUGCUGUUUGCUGCAAUUUCAACUAAAGUGUCUCCACAAGAUAUGGACUUGGUUAAUACCCACUAUGAAGAAUUCAAGAAAAGAAAUAUUAGCAGGAUUGACCUGGUUAAAAAGUUGAGGCAGAUAAUCGGUGACAAACUGUUGGUAUCAACAAUCAUGAGACUUCAGCACAAGUUACCACCAAUGGCAAGACGGGAACCACCAAGAUCCUGGGCUGCGAAGCUGCAAAUUAAGCCUUGAUUCGGUAACAGCAUCUCUCCUUCCAAUAAAUGUAACAUGGGCAAUUUCAUGUAGGGAUAUUAGGUUUGCAUGUUUGUAUUGUUUUGGUGUUCGGACACUUAGUAGUCAGUAGGUUGAUGACAGAGAAGAAAAACUAGGCGAUUUAGAUUGUAUUGGUAAAGAUGGCAGCUGUACUCCUUUUCUUUUGUCAUGGUCUCGUUGUUGUUGAUAUCGGGCUGAGGCUUGAUCUUGCAAAUGUUUUGCUGCGUGUAAAGUGAUGCAGAAUGCUUGGGUACCAUGUCAUCUAAAAGGGGAUUCUUACUGAAAUCGCCUUUUAGAUGGAUGGAGGCUUCUAAGAA